CCGCUUGUGAUUGGACGAUGGCCGGCGAUGGGUUACGUGGCAUUGGAGUCGUUGCGCAUGCGCAGUGCGCGUUUCACCUCCAGUGUCAAGAUGGUGGCAGUCAGAAUGCAGUUUACACUUUAUUUGGUGUUGUUGUUAAACAUUUACAACAGUUUUGUGUCUGCGUUGUAUUUUCAUAUCGGCGAGACUGAAAAGAAAUGCUUCAUAGAAGAAAUACCGGACGAAACCAUGAUAAUAGGUAACUACCGAACGCAGCUCUAUGACAAGCAGAAAGAAGAGUAUUUGCCUGCAACUCAAGGACUUGGGAUGUUUGUGGAAGUGAAAGAUCCCGAUGAGAAGGUGAUCCUGUCCCGCCAGUAUGGAUCUGAGGGCAGGUUUAUCUUCACCUCACACACACCCGGAGAGCAUCAAAUCUGCUUGCACUCAAAUUCCUCAAAAUUUGCUCUUUUUGCUGGAGGGAUGCUUCGUGUUCACUUGGACAUCCAAGUUGGUGAGCAUACAAACAACUAUGCAGAAAUCGCUGCCAAGGACAAGCUGACGGAGCUGCAGCUGAGGGUGCGACAGCUGAUGGAGCAGGUGGAUCAGGUCCAGAAAGAGCAGAACUAUCAGAGGUAUCGCGAGGAGCGCUUCAGACAGACCAGCGAGAGCACCAAUCAGAGGGUCCUGUGGUGGUCUAUCGUCCAGACGCUGAUCCUGGUGGCCAUUGGGUUUUGGCAAAUGAGACAUCUGAAGAGCUUCUUUGAGGCCAAGAAAUUAGUAUAGAACUGUAGUCCGAUUUUUUUUAAAGUUGUGAUGAUUGUCAGUUGAUACAGUACACGCAGCAUUUUGAAGAUUGCCUGCUUCAUGUGUGGUCAAGGCUGCUGAAAAGUCAACAUGCUCAGUUUAGUUCCCUCCCUAAAUUGCCCUCUUUUAUCCUGCAUUGAGAUUUGUCUUACGCUGCUCGUUUCAGUGCCACACCCCAUGUAAUGUGAACCUAGUUUCUGUUCAGAAACACAUUACAGUUUGUUACUGUUUGGAGGUGAUAGGCACUCAACAAAAGCAGUUAACUGGAUUCAAAACACAAAUUGCAUAGUGGUUGCCUUAUUUGUUAUAGCCCCAUCAUUUGUUUCAGAAAGCUGAUGAAGACAUUGACUAUUAACUGGGCUGCGAGUAUGAUGUUUUUCCUAAAUGACCUUGGAUUAUUUGCUUAAACAUUUACAAGACAAAAAUAACCGAGUUUAUCCUGGUGGCAGGUGUAAAUGUGUUCUGUUGUUUAGUUGUGCAGUAAUUAGUAUGAUAUUUAAAGUUUUGCUCAGAGUGAAUGUUUCUUGGUGUUUAAAUUUCUAUUCUUUAUACAAUUGGUUGAUGUUUUCUUUUCUAUACCCCCAUUUUUUUGUUUUGUUUUUUUGCUGUCAAGAACACUCGGAUCAUGUUAGAAUCAGGCCACCUUCCCUUUUUGAUAGCUACAAUUUGAUGCUGACCUCAGUGAUUUUGAAUAACCGUGUACAUGUUUGAAAUGUAUAUAUCCAAAUAAAUGGCAAAAUGUAGUUAUCAAAAGGUGAAAUGUUUAAUUAUGAGUACUUGACACAUUGAAAUAAAUGCUAUCAAAAGGUUUUAUAUUUUUGAUGAAUACCUAUUAGCUAUCGAGCCUGUUACUCUGACAAGAGUUUUUCUGUUUCCUUUGAAAGCCGUCUAACCAUCUUACACAGACAUCAUAUUUUUCACAUCUUUUUUUUUCUAUUGUAAACUCUUCAGGUUGAUGUAGAGAUUUCAGUGGUUUAUUCACUCUUAAAUUGAUCUGCCCAGAAUACACUGUAAAAAACGCAAACGAUAUUUGUGAUUUGCUUGCUUUUUCAGAUACCAUAGCUGGUGUCAUAAUGUUGUUUUCUUAAAAAAAAAAACAAGACUACAUGUUGUUUUGAGUGUUUUGCUAUGCAUAGAUUACUGCUCACUGAAAUCACAUUUGUAUGGUUUAACUUUUUUGUUUUGUUUUUGGUCGUUUUAGUUUGUGAACAGCCACUGGGAAAUGGGGUUAUUUUUUUAAGUAGGGACAGGGGAAGGAAAAUUUGUUGGCGAGAAAUCUACCCUAUAAUUGCACUCAGAAAUAAAGUUUCCCACUCUCCCCAA